CUAAAUCUGAAAUACCAAUUUUUGCCCUCCUCUCUCGGCCAAUUUCCUCUCCUCUGCUCCCUAUCUCUGCCGUCCCGUCGCACCAUCAAAGAGGACGAGUUCAGAUUCUCCAGAAAUUAUUUCUUAGCAAAAGAAUUAGGCAAUUCCGGUAAGGAAUCCGGCCACAAGCUCGAAGAUAUCGUAGGAGGACAAGGGACUCGUCCCACCUUCUUCGAAAUGGCCGCUGCCCAACAGCUCCCUUCUAGUCUUCGUGCUGCUCUCACUUACUCUCUCGGCGUAUUGGCUUUAAGAAGACCCUUUAUUCACAAAAUCCUGGACUAUGAGGAUGAAUUCUUCGCUUUGCUAAUGCUUGUCUUGGAAACCCACAGCUUGAGAACAACCGAUGCUUCUUUUGCCGAGUCUCUUUAUGGGUUGAGAAGAAGAGCGGUUAAUAUUAAAGUAAAAACAAAGGAUAAUAUUCACAGCAAGAAGAAGAUUUUGCCAUUGGAUUCCCCUGCUGACGCAAUUCAUCAUAAUGGUUUAGAGAAACGCCAGAAAAUCCUCUCUGUUGUAUUUUUGGUUGUGUUGCCGUAUUUUAGGUCCAAAUUGCAGUAUGUAUACAAUAGAGAAAGGGAAGCUACACUUCAAGCGAGCUUAUGGGGUGAGGGUGAGGAAAGAUUUGGCAACAUAGACUACUUUGGUGGAAGUGGAAAUUCCUCAGCUUCUGGGAGCAGUUCUGGUGAAGAAGCAUCUACCACGAGAAGACGCGUCAUGAAGAGAAUACAGAAGAUUAUAGCUGCUUGCUACCCGUGGAUACACGAUGGAAGUGAAGGUGGAACCAGCUGAAGAUUGAUGGGGACUUCGUGGUUAUGACUGAAAGCUCUCAUUUCAUUGUAAAGUUUGGAAGCUACUGUUAGUUCUUUCAACUUGUUAGGGAUGAGAAUCUUUUAGUUUGUGCACAAGAAAGUAUUUCAAGUUUGUGUACAUGAGAAUGUUUUAGUACUUGUUUGGGAUUUUAAUACUUGCUACGUUUGUACUUGUUACCGACUUUUAAUUUAAUGAAUUAUAUUUGAGUA